AUGGAAAACGAGGAUCAAUAUCAGCAGUAUGACUGCCUUCUAUUUGAUCUAGAUGACACCCUAUAUCCUCAGAGUUCAGGGAUUUCAGUACAAAUCACUAAGAAUAUUCAAGAAUAUAUGCUUCAAAACCUUGGGAUGAAGGAAAGUGAAGUUCCUGAAUUGUGUAUUUCAUUAUACAAGGAUUACGGGACGACGAUGGCUGGUCUUAAGGCUCAGGGCCAUAACUUCGAGUAUGAUGACUUUCAUAGUUUUGUUCAUGGGAGGUUGCCCUACGAUUCACUUAAUCCUGACCCUAUUCUCAGGGGUCUUUUACUUAGUCUACCUAUCCGGAAAGUAAUUUUCACAAAUUCAGACAAGGCACAUGCCGCUAGUGUGCUCGGGAAGCUUGGAAUAGAGGACUGCUUUGAGAUGAUUAUAUGCUUCGAGACUCUGAAUCCCACCAACAAUGCUGAUGAUUCUGUUGGUGCCGAAGAAACUGAAAAUAUUGAACAUCCAAAUACUGGUACUGUAAUUUCAAAGACCCCAGUUGUGUGCAAACCGUUUGAGCAUGCAUAUGAAGAAACUUUUAAGAUUGCAAACAUCAACCCCAAAAGAACGUUAUUCUUCGACGAUAGCAUUCGCAAUUUGCAAACUGCAAAGGAGUUGGGGCUCCAUACAGUAAUGAUUGGCACAUCUCACCGAACUAAAGGUGCGGAUCAUGCAUUUGAGAGCAUCCAUAAUAUCAAGGAAGCAUUGCCAGAACUCUGGGAAACCACUGAACAGUGUGAAAAUGUUCGAUAUUCGCGAGAGAUUGCAAUCGAACAACCGGUACAAGCUUAG